UAAAUCUGGCCAGAGGUAUUUCCGAUCAAUACUUUUCCAUGCUCAGGUCACGUUAGAUGAUUUGGUAUGGAAAAUACCAGUCAUAAAGACCCCAAGUGAGAAGUACUUUGAUGUAACCACCUCACACUUCUGGUUAAAAAAAGAAAAACAUUCCUCGAAAAGUACUCCAAUUCAAGCCCAGAUCACGCACAUCAAAACGACAGAAAAGCGGACAACCACAUUCAGUAUAAAAGGUUUGAUGAAGCGCUGACGUGUCACAAAGCUGCAGCAGAGCUGCUGCUUCAUGCUAUGCAACUGACGUCUGUGACCAAAGCUGUCGAAGCUUUGCGUCUGCAGUAUGACUAUCAUAAAAGACAAGAAGAUAUUGUGCAGGUGAAGAAAGUCCAGUUUGAAAUAAAAAAGAAAAUUAUGGAAUAUCGAAACCGCAGAACAAUGCAAAAAAAGACAACUCAAAAGGAGAAGAAGGAUAAGGACUUGCAAUGGGCCAUAUUCAAGACCAUGGAGGAGGCUGACUCCCUGUUGGGAUUGCUGCUGCCAAAGGAGGCACCAGAAGCAGAGGUGGCCACUGUGCCCGGAUUCAAGCGACCCAAAGACGAACAAACUGUCAUUGAGGAGCUGUACACACUAAACACACAGUUGAGGAUAUUCAUCACGCAGCUGUUGACAAAACUGGAGACAGCUGAGCGACAGUUGGAGGUGGCCAAGAUUCGACUGGAAGUGUACGAGAAUGCACCGCCGAAGAUCAUCGAUUUGCCACCCCUCGACAUGUCAGUCAGUGAGUCUCUGGAGGCUUCAAAGUACGAAUUUCCUGCCCCCACUUCCAAAGAGGAGCCCAAUACAGGCCAGGGUGAGAACUAGGCCUUGAGUAUUUUGUCACAAUGAGAGUAAAGUCUUGAUUAGUUUAGGUUAAUUUUUUUCAAAAGUUGUAGAUGAAGGAAAGUUCUUUAGCUCCAAUUGUGUGAUGCAAAUUUAAUGGGACGAUUAGACGACUUUUUUCGCCUCAAAAAUCUAGAUUUUUCUAGUUCUUAGGAACAGGAUAAUACAAGAAGCAGGAGUUUAACUCCAAGAAUUUCAGUUUGAUCUACAGUCGAAAUGCUUAAGUUGAAAGAAACGUCACUGUUACAAUCACUAUGUAUUUUAUAAAAAUAUUUUUGAAAUUACUAUAAAAUCAAACAGAACAACAGCUAUUAAAGAUCAACAUUGUUGUUCAACAAUGGCAGGCAUAAUUUGUCAGUAACCAAGUAUUUUUACCUCACAAAUUGUGUAUUUUACAGUAUGCAUUAACUAUUUUACAGUGUCUUAUUACAGUUGGGAGGAAGCCCAAAAUGUCCAUAAAACUGCUAUAGAUGCUACCAGAUUGAUUAAUAAAUAUAAUAUAACCUUUCAGAAAAUCUACGUACCUGAUAUUAAUUUACACUGAUUCAAGCAUCUUAAAUCAAAGCAAUGCUGUAUGUGUUUGAAAAUUUUUGUGUAAAAUUCACCACCAAUUUUAAUUAUUUUACAUUAAAAGAUUACUAGUUUGACAGAGAACAUUAUGUUUAUAUAUCCUUUGUACUUUCUAUUCUGUUAUUAUUGGUAAAUUAAGAUUUGACGUAGAAAAAACUAAUAGCAAGACUUAUUAAGUAAUUAUUUUUAAAAUGUAUUUUGCUGUACUCAUUUAACACAAUUAUUUGUUAGCAAAAAUGGACAAUUUAUAUAGUUCUUUUCUAUAAAUAAAGAAUAAUACGUGUAAGUGAGUCACCUCGAAUAUUUUAAUGUAUGGGAAAAGUUUUUUGCUAUACCUAGAAAUUGUAAUUAGGUUCAGUGAGUUUAUUUCCAGCAUUCUAAAUUUGAAGUAAAAUUUCCUAUUUGUCGGAAGUACUCAGCCAUUCGUUUUUGGAAUUGAUUAAAAUUAACCGAUGAUUACAUCAUCAAUGUCAGUUUCUUGGAAAUCUGAUAAGAUUGUCACAAAACACAUGGUUGUAAAUUCAUUGUGGAUAAUUCAGGAUCGUUUUUAAUUACUAAAAAUUAAGUUUAUAGCCUACCAUGAAACAAUCCAAUGAACAUAAAUGUCUUAUUAUAAGCAUGUUUCGAAGGUCCUGCACAGGAAUAUAUAACUCAAGUCAAGUGACUCUCAUACAACUCUAGUCGUAACUUGCACCUUGAGACAUACCUGUUCGCUGGAUUGUUAAACGGUAAGUCAUAAACCUAAUAUUUAGUCAUACAUGGUUGGUGCAAAUGUAAAAAAUUGUGGGGUGGCCUUUGUAUACUUAUCAUGUCUUGCUAAGAUCUUAUAACAUAGUAUUGAUUUAUAUAAUUUUUUUAUUUAAUAAAAUCUCACUAAAUGAGGUCAAACCCAUGAAUAAAGUUCGAUUGCAAAUAAAAUAAUCUUAUUUGCCAAAUAUUUUUACAUUGAUACUUUUAGUUGAACCUUUAUUUCAUCCUUUUUUAUCUCUUAUUGUAUUGUAUAAAGGACUUCUUAACAGGCUAUUAUUAAUUUUGUCAAAAAUUGUAUUUUUGUGAUACUUUGUAUAAACUGAACCAUAUCAUACAUUUCUCUUAGAAACAAGUGACUUGUAGAAGGAAAUAAUUUAAUUGAAUAACAAAUAAAGGUAUAUAAAUUAAUAUUGAUAAAUUAAUCUUAAUAAAUUUGUUCUAUAUUAAAAUUUUUGAUGUAACCUAAGGCAGUAAUUUUUCGUACGUCUUCAAUAUUUCGAAUGCUUUAUAUAAAGCAAUAACAUAAAACAGAAUAAAUUGUUACUAUUAAAGUGUUAGUUGUUUGCUAAAGAACUGUUGUGAUAUAUCUGUGUUAUUAUUUUGUGAUUUGAUAUAAAUAGCUCACAUGUUGACAGUGUAUUGUGUUAGUUUUAGCAGUAAUUAGAGUAAUAUGAACAAAAGUGGAUCGGUAAUUUCAGCAGCAUAUUCAGAUUUUAUAUAUUGAUUACAGUGUUAUCUCUCUUACUUUUGUAAUUACGUUAUUAUUGUGUAUAAUUAACUUUUUAUAUGUUAUAACAUUUACUUUGACAUUGGGCUAUUUUGAAAAUAAAAAAAUGUGUAUCCAGUAAA